UUAAUAUAAGAAAAAGAAAGUGGAAGCGGUGACGUCAGGCAGGCGAGCGGGAGAGAGGAAAGUACCCUCAAACAAACCUAAGCUUGACUUGAAUACACGACAAGAAAAUCGGUCCAGCGUUUUUCGUUUUAAAUCUGUGCAGGCAUCUGGAACGAAGAGUCUGAUCCAAAACACCGAUAGAUGACUUGAACGACAAGAAAAUCGGCCCAACAUUUUUCGUUUUAAAUCUGUGCGGGCAUCUGGAACGAAGGAGGGAAGGAGGCUUUGGAAGAGCCACUGGGGUUCCAGCUUCUAUUUGAUGGCAGCUUCAAGCUUACAGCAACCUGGCUGCCUCCUGGCCAACCUCAAAGUGGACUCACCCAACAAGACUUUGGCUCAGCGAUGCCAGGACCUCAUCAAGAUCAUUGAUGAUUAUCAUGCAAAGGAGCUGCACGCCAUCUUCUCCUGGCUGGUGGAGAGCGUCUUUGGAAGUCUGGACGGCAUCCUGGGAGGAUGGAAACUUCGCCUUCUCCAUUCGCGAUGCGGCGACUUUGCACCAAUUGUGGACUUCUUGAAGCCUAGUGGGCCCAUGAUGAAACUGGUCUACAAACUUCAAGCAGAGGAAUACAAAUAUGAAGUGCCCGUCAAUUAUCUGCCGGCGCCGGUGAAGACGUCCAUCCAGGAAGGUGUCCUUCCCGACUGUCCGCUCUUUCACAACCGACCACACUUUCCCAUGUCUGGCAUACUGACUCUCAACAUGGCACUGAAUCCGUUUGAGUUCUUCAUCUUCUACUUUGCCUCCUGCCUUAUUACGCCUAAGAACUUGCCUGGGAGCCAACAUGUCGGGACUACUGACAGCGCCUACUUUGUGCUGGCGGACAUGUACCUCAAGUACUUCCUGCCUAUCGAAGGAAGCGUGCCCCCUUCACCCUUUUCAGACAGCAAGGGCUCCGUCAGCACGCCGGCUCAGAGGUCGGCCAACAUCUCGCUGGUGGGACACGGCCUUCACAGUCCCAGUCUGCUGAAGCAUCACAUCUUCCUUCAGCCUUCCGUCAACGCAGACCCCGCUGCCCAGGAAAUCUGGAGGUCUGAAACGCUGCUGCAGAUGCUGGUAGAGGUGUGGCUGCAUCACUAUUCUUUAAAGAUGUACCAGAAGCUGCAGUUGCCCCAGGUGAAGCUGGCGCUGCUUCAGUACCGCCUCAGUAUGUCCAGCAUGCCGUGCCAACCGCAUAUCCCGCCAGGCCCGGGGAGCCUCCACACCUACCAAGAACCAUUCAGUCCGAGCGAGGAGCACGUCUUGGCCGUGCGUCUGCUGGUCAAACACCUGCACGCCUUCUCCAACAGCCUGAAGCCGGAGCAGCCGUUGGCCUCCCCGACCCACUCGCAUGCCCAGGCCGGCCCCUUGGAGGAGUUUAAGAGAGUUGCGCUGCAGCGUUUUGUGCAGCAGAAGCUCUUCUUGUUCCUGCAGCACUGCUUCGGCCACUGGCCUCUGGACGCUUCCUUCCGAGCGGUGCUGGAAACGUGGCUGAGCUUCAUCCAGCCGUGGAGGUACGCUGGUGACAAGAGGACCCACCUGCCGGCAGACAGCGGCCGAUGUGACCCUGACAAAUGGGAGUCCUUUGUUCAGGAGAACCUGCUGGUUUACACCAAACUAUUCCAGGUGUUCCUCAACAGAGCCGUGCGCAUGGACCUGGUCAACGCUAAGAACGCGCUGAUGCUCUUCCGAGUGGCCAAAGUCUUCUGUCAGCCGGACCUCGCGGACAUGAUCCACAAGGCCGAGCAGCUGUUCCUGGAGCCGGAGCUGGUCCCCCAUCACCGGCAGCCGCGAGGCUACCUGACUCCCGGGCAGGGAGGCGGCUUCCUAUCGUCACGGCAACGCAUCACCACCGACGCUGUGUUCCGGGUCAAGAGUCAUGUGUACGCCUUGGAAGGCCAGGACUGCCAGUACAAGCAGAUGUUCGGCCCCGAGCUGUGGGCUGCGGUGAGGCGCCGUCCCGUCGCAGCUUUGCAGCGCCGUGACUUUGGUCCUGGCGGUCACCCUCGUGUUUGUCAGGUGGUGAGAUUGAUCCAGGUGGUCGCGCAAGCCAGACACACGGCCAAACGGAUCUCGGACCGCUCCUGCCAAGCGGCGGCUAGCAAGUCUUUGCUGUCAUGGUUGACCGCGCCGUCCUCAGACUCCAGCAUUGGUCUUUGUGGCGUCGAGGCGGAGGAGAACAACGAGUGUCUGCGCAAGACUCACGAGUUCUUGGACCGAGCGCUGGUGAACCUUUGCACUGUCUUCAAGCUCAACCAGGGUCAGCUGACUCAGCUCACGGCCAACUCCACAUCUUUUGAGGAUGACGGCCAAUCCGAGCGGUUGCCUGACUGCGUCGUGGGAGAGCGUGGCCUGGUCCUCACUGAUUUGGGAAGGAUGCAGAUCAUCAAUGGACUGCGCAGGUUCGACAUUCAGUUCCAAGGUGACCCGGAGCUGCAGCCCAUCAGGAGCUACGAGAACGCACUCCUGGUCAGGUUCUUGUACCGGAUGUCGUCACUGCUCAACGCCCAAUUUGAAGGCCCUUUGACUGAGCUGUGCUCGCGGACGGACUUUGCCGGUCGCCUGUGUCAGCACUACCUGACCAGCCCCGACCCCGCAGUCCUGGCGAGGACUCCUGCGUCCCCUCGGUUCUGGGACAGGAAGCGGCGAGUUGGCGUCAGCUUGCGUCCGCUGGCCAGCUACAGGACCAUCCUGCUCCUGGGCUUUGCCUACGCUGCCGGGGCCUUCUUGUCCUUCGGCCCCGUGUCUAGCACCCUCCUCAUUCUUGCUGCCGUCUUCCUGCACGGGGUGGCCGUGACGUUGUGGGCGAAGAAAUGGAAGAGACACUAGCCCGACUGGUACACCGGAUACCAGAGUCAGCCCUUUCCAAAGGGGCAGCCAUUCUCAUCACAAACACACAAUAAAAUGCAGCAUUUUGGA